UUGUGGUGGUGGUGGUGGUCAUAGUUGUGGUGGUGGUGGUCAUAGUUGUGGUGGUGGUGGUCAUAGUUGUGGUGGUGGUGGUCAUAGUUGUGGUGGUGGUGGUCAUAGUUGUGGUGGUGGUGGUCAUAGUUGUGGUGGUGGUGGUCAUAGUUGUGGUGGUGGUGGUCAUAGUUGUGGUGGUGGUGGUUGUGGUGGUGGUGGUCAUAGUUGUGGUGGUGGUGGUCAUAGUUGUGGUGGUGGUGGUCAUAGUUGUGGUGGUGGUGGUCAUAGUUGUGGUGGUGGUGGUCAUAGUUGUGGUGGUGGUGGUCAUAGUUGUGGUGGUGGUGGUCAUAGUUGUGGUGGUGGUGGUCAUAGUUGUGGUGGUGGUGGUCAUAGUUGUUGUUGUGGUCAUAGUUGUUGUGGUGGUGGUGGUCGUAGUUGUCGUGGUGGUUGUCGUGGUCGUCGUCCUUUUAUCAGCGAUCGUGCAUGCAUCAUGCCCAGGACACCAUUUAGGACCAGAAAUGUGAAGGUCGCUUUGGUAAACGCACUUCAUUCCAUCACACUCCAGACAAGUAUAUCCGCCACCAUUGCAUCGGAACCCAAGGCCCAUAUUGCACCAUUUCCAACGCGGAUCAGUUGCUGCAGUCGUGUGCCCAUUUGA